UCCCUCUUUCUUUCCUCUUUGCCUGCGGACAGGCCACAGGUUUGUCCUCUUUCGUGAUUGCUCUAAAGGAAACUAUACUUCUGGGGUAAGAACAGAAAGAGCAGGCUGCCUGAAGAUCAUUUUAAAACAGAUUUUUUGGAAUGCGAUCAGUGAUGUUCUUGUCUCUGUUGCUGUGUGCCAUCUGUUCAUUUGUCCUGCCGUCCUCUGCUGUCCCCAGACCAACAGCAGAUGAAACCAGCCACUUGCAAGUUACCAUCCCUGGCACCCCACCUGUGUCAGCCAUUUUGGGAGGCUCCCUGACUCUGCCAUGCCUGGUGUCCCUGUCACAGCCUUUACCAACUCUGUCAUCAACGGGCCGGCAUGCCGCGCUCACUAUUCCGAGAGUGAAGUGGAGCAUUCUCUCAUCUGGACGAGAGACUGAAAUCCUGGUGGCCCGAGGGGAGAGAGUGAAGGUCAAUGAGCUUUAUAAAGGUCGGGCCUCACUUCCAAACUAUGACUCAUCUCCGUCUGACCUCACUCUCGAACUGGACGGCCUAAGGCACAGUGAUACGGGAUUCUACCGCUGUGAGGUCCAGCAGGGCCUGGAGGAUGCUCAUGACCUGGCUCAGAUCAAAGUGAAAGGUGUGGUAUUUCACUAUCGGCAUGCCUCCAGCCGCUACGCUUUCUCAUUUGAUGAUGCCAAGGACGCGUGUGAGGACAUUGGGGCUCAGAUUGCCACUCCAGAACAGCUUCUGGCUGCAUACAACAGUGGAUAUGAGCAGUGUGACGCUGGGUGGUUAGCAGAUGGCUCUGUCAGAUACCCUAUCCAGAUGCCUCGUGAGGGCUGUUUUGGAGACAUGGAUGGUCUGCCAGGGGUCCGAAACUAUGGCAUGAUGGAUCCUGAUGAGCUUUUUGAUGUGUAUUGCUAUAUAGAGAACAUCAAUGGCGAUGUGUUCCAUGGGUCCACCCCACAACGCUUCACACUGGCUGAGGCUAAAGCCUACUGCAAGCAGCAGGGUGCUGUGUUAGCCUCCACUAGUCAACUAUACGCUGCAUGGAAUGAUGGUCUUCACCACUGCAGCCCAGGCUGGCUAGCUGAUGGCAGCGUACGCUAUCCCAUCAUAACCCCACGAGAACGAUGUGGGGGCUCUGAACCUGGCGUUAAGACAGUGUAUCGUUACAACAACCAAACAGGCUUCCCAGAGCCUCACACUCGCCAUGAUGCCUACUGCUUCAGAGGAAAUCUUGAUUCUCACACAGUUAGCCCUGUAGGUUACUUCACUACAGAGCCAGAAGACAUCGGCCAGGACAUUGUAUCUUUAACUGACCCUCAGGAGGAGUUCAGUCUGGGUCAUGUGACUCAACAUAAAGAAAAUGAAGCUCAGGGGGCUGUUGAGACCUUCCCUAUCUCCAGUGAACAGACAACAGUGGAGGCAGAUAAGCAAGAUUCUACACCAUCCCUACUUGAACAAGUUUAUACUACCACUGUCAACAGUAAAAGUCUCAGCACCCCAGCAACAUAUGGAUGGGAAUCUGAGUCAACUCAGAAGAACUCCUGGCAAGAAGUACUCACCGACCCCAUUCAUGUGGAGUCAGUGCCAGAGAUACACCUACAGCCCAAUCGUAAUUACCCUAUACCAGUAGAGGAUUCAGAUACAGAGAAUAGCACAGCCAUAUAUGAAGUUAAGAGUCACAAUCAUAAACAUUAUCAGUCCAUGCCAGACACAAACCUGGAACCAGGAGAGCGAGUGGACUACAAAAUCUAUCCAGAGAGCAAGCCAGAAACUACAACUGAUAACUUAGAGCUGCCUUCCAACUUUCGGGAGAUUGGAGGAUCCAAACAUUUCCAGGAAAUGCCUGAAACCAACCUUGAUGAUCACGAUGGAAGCCAUGUGGAUGAACAAACAACUGCAGUACAGACCAACCUUGAUGAUCAAAAUGGAACCUUUGUGGGUGAGCAAAUAGCUUUAGUAGACACAUACACAGGAAACACUACUGAGCCACCAGGCCUGGAUGAAAAUCUACACUACACAACACAGACCACCUCUUUUGUAACCCCUGAGGGAUCUGAAGAUGAAGUGAUCACACCAUCUACAGAGAAGUCUUCUCCCUUUGUCAUAAUGAGUGAAGAUGGAAAAGGGAAUUCCUCACCUGAAACCACCACAGAGAGUUUCAAAUCCAGUCAUGAGCACCCUGGUGUUACAGGCACUUUAGCUCCUGUAGAUGUAAUGGGUCAGGAAGCAGGACAUACCUCAGCAGAAAACCUAGUAUUUUUCAGUUUUGCUGAUAAAGAAAAUGAUAAUGAUUCAUCAGUGACCAUAACCCCUACACGUCAAGAUGAGAUAGAAGUAGUGUCUUUUGACGGUUCCGGGGACCAUGACCAUGUCCUAAUACUGACUCUCUUGACCACACCUGUACCUCACAUGUUGGACACAUCCAAUACACAGAAAGCUAUGGAGGUGGAGGCCACUUCAGUUAUUCCACAGAGUAGCACUCUACCUGGCUUCAGCAUCAUAGAGCAGGAGGUAAAGCAGGAUAAGCAGGAGGGGCUUGGGGAAGCACCUGAUGUCUUAUACAGUACCACAGCUUCACUCACAGAGACAACCUCCAACCAAGAUGGCAGCAGCCAUGAAGAUGACUCAUCAGGAGAGGAAGAGUCUUCUGGAGGAAGACCUUCAGUGUCACAGUACCCAGACCUCAACUACCCUAACACAACACCUGUUGUACCCUUCAACUCCACACACCUGCUGAUUCUAAACACAACAGAUGUUAAUGACACAGAUGUUGUUGAUAUUGAUACUGAGACUCAGUCCAGCACAACUCCUUCUACAGUAGAGGUCACGCUGCUUCCGGCUAUGACUCCAACCCCUAGCUGGGACACUUUGGCCUCUCUCACCCCACCUCAGGAGUCCCGGGAAGAUGUGGAGUUCAGCGGUGACACCCCACUCCUCAUAGACAAUGCUGAGUCCCUAGCUGAGUCUCAUUCAACAGCAGCUCCUACUAGUAAAGAACCUGAGGAGGGCCAGAGCCCAUACACAAGCAAGGCAGACAGUGAAGAUCAUGUGCUGACUACCACCACAGAGUCUAAAGAGAGCAAGGAAGAGUAUGAAGUAACAACUAGAACACACACUACUACGUUAUCCACCAGAACAACACAGAGAGUGAUGGUCAGAACAGACAUCUCAGAUGGCUGUGUUGAGAACCCAUGUGCUAAUGGUGGCACAUGUGUAGACAGCGGUGCUGGUGUCAAAUGCCUGUGCCUACCAACCUAUGGAGGAAAAUUUUGCCAAACAGAUUUAGAGCGGUGUGAACCAGGCUGGGAAAAGUUCCAAGGAAACUGUUAUAAGCACUUCUCAAAGCGCCAGAGCUGGGAGGCGGCAGAGCAGCACUGUAGAAUGUGCGGAGGUCACCUGGUCUCCGUCCUGUCACCUGAGGAACAACAUUUCAUCAAUGAUAAGUACAGGGAGUACCAAUGGACUGGUCUCAAUGACAGGACUAUUGAGGGUGAUUUCCGCUGGUCUGAUGGCAACCCACUGCUGUAUGAGAACUGGUAUCGUGACCAGCCUGAUAGUUAUUUCCUGUCAGGAGAGGACUGUGUGGUGAUGGUAUGGCAUGAUGAUGGACGCUGGAGUGAUGUGCCCUGUAACUAUCAUCUGUCCUACACCUGUAAGAAGGGCAUUGCUUUCUGUGGUCAGCCCCCUUUUGUCUUGAAUGCUAAGCUGUUCGGUCGGCAGCGCCUGCGGUAUGAGGCCAAUGCUCAGGUGCGUUUCUACUGCGAGAAGGGCUUCAUUCAGAGGUACAACCCCAUUAUCACAUGCCAAAGCAGUGGGCAGUGGGAGGAACCACAGAUUACCUGUACACCAAAACCAGCUGAAACCAGAAACAAGUCAAAUGGAGAUCAGGUCACACUGCACACUCCUCAGGACCAGGAACAAGUACACAUAGAAGAUACAGCCACAGAAAAAGCAACAUCACAUUGGUGGAGCCUUUAGACCAACUAGCACUUCUUCAUUUACUCUUCUGCCCAUCCUUUUUAUUCAAGAGACUUCCAUCAAUCAUCAUGCUUACCGUAGUGUUUUACAUGAAGAGCCAUUUUCACAUCACACUUCCAGUCUUCCACUCCACUCAGCAGCUUCUUUCAAGCACAUUUUGCUCUUACAGUGUGACACUGAAUUACUUAUUUUGUAAUUCUACGACCCAAAAACAUAACCAGUAAGGAAACACAGAGCAGCACAAUUCCCAAACACUGGCAGUAGACAUUAAAGCACAACUGAAAAUGACAAAAUAAUAGAGCAAAUAAUUUUAAACCUCAGCUGGUCUGAAAUAAACUGAUGCCGCUGUCUUAUAACAACUUCAUUCCAUCCCAGUGAGAGUGUCUAUUAGUGCCAUGAUGUCUCAGAAGGCAGAUUAUGACAGACAAGAGCAUGCCAGUGUGAGCCAAGACUGACCAGAUGCUUUCAACCCCAUGCUUGAAGCUCCCCUUAAAAGGUAACAUCAUCAGAACUCCUGUACACCAAACCAUGCCUUUAGCCAUGUUUGGCCCAGUAAAGUCUGUGGGCUACAUGUCUAUGUCUCACUUAAGCCAAGGCAUUAGUAUUGGUAGACCCUGGCUGUCUUGGCUUAAGGCCAGCAGUGAAAACUGGGCUAAUAGUACACUUCAGCAGUCACCAUUCACACAUUUGUACACAAUAGAGCUUGUGCUCCUCAGCCAUGCAGGAUACCUUUAAAGAGAACCAGUUUAGGCUGUUUUAGACUAAACGUCUAAUAGAUAACAUUGCUUUUCAAAUAUUGUACCAUUGUUCUCUCGUCACACUACCAAAAACCAGCCUGACAGUUGCAGGAGUUCCUUAUUAGAGCUUUAAGCCUAUAAUAAGUCAACAAGAAUUAUUAGCUUCAGUUAGUUGGUAUAAAUGUAGUUGAAAUAUGAAGUCUGCAUUAAUUUGUGCCUGGCUGUGAAACACAAGCUUUUCAUGUAAUUUGGUGCUCAGUUUUUCAGGUCUCUGACUUGCUCUAGGGAAUGGUCAUUUCUUACUGAAAUUCCUACUAACUAACAUCCUGAGUAAUAACUAUUUUUACAGACUGAAAUCCAAAAUUUGUUUAGUCAUUCUGCUUUUUAGUAGCAUUUUUCCUGGUUCAGCAUUCAGAUAUUUUAGCUUAUGCUAAUGGCAUGUAACUUCUCAUUGUUUCACAGUUCCUCAUAAAUUUACUUGAGUACUUCAUUUAACUCUACUCAAAAUCACUCAUCAUAACACAGUCAUAACACAUGAUAAAAAGUGCCUCGCAAACUGAGAGGAAAGCAGCACCAAUCUAAUUUUAAUUAAGAAGGAUUUCAAAACUAAAUAAAAUCUUGGAUGUAUAUUCUUGAAUCUAAUUGGCUGUGAAACAUAGGUAAGUGAAUGUGUUACUAACACUUAAAAGUCCAAACGAUAUGACUUGGAGAUUUGUGAAGCACUGUACUUAUUUUGUAAACCAAUCUUUCAUGGUAAUUUACUUUGUGGCUUGAUCCCCCCCCCUCCCCCCACCCACUACUUGGAAAUAUUUACUCAUAGUUUUGAAGCAAUUGCCAGGAGUGAGGAAAAUGAGCACUACAAAGAUUUGCAUCACUGACACCAUCAUAGAUAUUUUUAUUCAUCUUGUAGUAUUUUAUUACAAUGUUAGAAAAAAAAAUCAAGCCAUAAGGUGCCAUCUGGUACAUGGUGCCAUACUGUUACAACAUAUACGAUGCUGUGUUUGUUCUGGGGUUUCAUAAAAAAGUAAUAAAUAAAUAAAACAGCCCUUUUACUAACAGCAGCAAUGAUA